GAAAGAACACCGACUCCAGUCGCGCCCAGCAUUCCAGAUGAAGAAGUCGAAAGCCUACACACUGGAGGCCCCCGAUGGCGGAUGGGGAAUCCUCGUCUGCAUUGGCAUGGCCCUACCCUUUACGAGUGCCCUUGCAGCUUUGCCAUCGUUCGGCCUGGUUUUUGGCGAGUUCCUGAAGAGCAUCGGAGCGGAGACGAGUGCCAUGGCCAUCAUCACGAGUGCCUUCUUCUCCUCAAUGAGCUUCGCCGGCCUGUUCUCCGGCUCCCUGUUCCAGCGCUUUGGGAUGCGGCAGGUGGGCGUCACUGGGGGCAUCUUGUAUUUUCUGGGCACUGGGAUGCAGUUGUUUGCCACCUCCACGAUGCACCUGAUCCUGGCCUUUAGCGUAGUGCAGGGAUUCGCCUUUGGACUGAUGGUGCCCACGUGCUACACGACAUUUAACCAUUAUUUCGUCAAGAACCGAGUGAUGUGGAUGAGCUUUGCCCAGACUUUGAUCGGCUUGGGCUCCAUGCUGUAUCCGAUUGUCAUGCAGAAGUUGAUGUCAUGGUACGGCUUUCGGGGCUGCCUGCUCAUCCUCACGGGCCUAAAUGCCCAUGCGGUGUUCGGUAUGCUGGUCAUGCACCCAGUGGAGUGGCACAUGCGUCGCGUGCCCAUCGCUCCCGAGGAACAGGAGGAACUCAAGGAGCUGAGCCCAACGGUGGUGGUUAGAGUGCAGCCGGAAACACCUCUGAAGGCUCCCAGGGAGGAGCCCACCUUUCAUACCACUGAUCCAGGAGCGCGGAAGCUCUCCCAUGCCGAGGAGCACAUGCUGAGGGUUCACUCCAGUCGGGCCUCGAGCAUCACUAGCCUGGGCAAUUGGUCCGGACCCGUGGUGGUCAGUGAUGCCUCGCCCCAAAUGAUGCACAGCCUGCAGGCCUCUCGACGUCCGAGCAUGAUUGCCGGUGGACCCGGUGCAGCAGCUACUGUUGCUGGCGAUGCUCCCAAGAAGGGCUGGGUGCGCACCAUUGUCGACUUCCUCGAUCUCACGCUGCUGAAGAAGCCCAUCUUUGUCAACAUCGUGCUGGGCAUCACCUUCGCCCUCUACUCCGACAUCACCUUCUUCACCAUGCAGCCGGUCUACCUCUUUGAGCUGGGAUACAGCAGGCCUGACACGGCUACCAUUAUCGCCAUUGGAGCGGCCGCAGACUUGACGUCUCGUAUUUUCCUGGCCAUCACCGCCGUGUGCAUCCAAGUUCCUUCGAGAUACAUUUAUUUGGCUGGCGCCGUCCUCACGGUCUUUGCAAGAUUCGUUUUCAAUGGUAUUAGCGAGUUUGUGGGCAUGGCCUGCAUCACGGCGGUUAUUGGAUUUCUACGCACCUGGCUCCACGUUCCAUUGCCUCUGGUCUUCGCCGACUACUUACCCAAGGAGAGGUUCGCCACUGGCUAUGGCUUGUUUAUGUUCAUCCAAGGCAAUGCCAUGUUCCUCAUUGGGCCCAUUGUUGGGUUUAUUCGGGACAAGACCAAGGACUACAUUUUCGUCUUCCACAUCCUGAAUGGCUUCAUGAUCCUGUGCGCCGCUCCAUGGGUCCUCGAAGUGCUGAUCGUCAAGUUUCGGAGGCGCAAUAAAAUCGAACGCAACAACGUUGAUCACGAGGAUGUGGAUAACCAAGGUCGUAGUGCAAUGGUUCAUUAAAAAAGAAUUCCUCUUUUUCGAACGUAGUGCGAUGGACCAUUGAAAAGAUUUUCCCUUUUUUUUUUUUAACACUGUUGUGUGUUCGUGAAUUGUUAGAGGUAUUUGUGGUACAAUUAUAUGAAGCAUUAAACAAAUAAAACUAAAAACAAAAGUGUUGUUAUAAUGAAGUGAAAUGUCA